AGCCUCCGCCGCUCCCCGCAUCCCUCUCCGGCCGCGGCGGCUGCAGCCCUGCCGAGCCCCGCCGAGUCCCGUCCCGGCGGGGUGACAGCCCGGCCGCCCCGCAGCGCUGCGCAGAUACUGCUUGUGGCUCUGCGUUGGAAAAGACUCCACCUUAUUAGAGGAGAGGAUCUGUGAAGUUUAUUGGUGCAACCAUCCUUGCAUUUUUCAAAGAUACAAACUUGGAAUAGUUAUUAUGAACAAAAGGACAAGCAGGAACUCACCAUCCAAGGUAUUUUUAGCUCUCUGAAUGCUGGCAUCGCAAGGCAUAAUUCCUUUUGAGAUAAUCACUGAACAGAAGAUAACCAUGUGGCUCUUCAUCUAUUAUCUCGUUACACCCAGUUUCAUAUUCUGCCUGUCAGAGGAAGGAAACAAAGGUUAUGGACCUGUUUUUGAGGAGCAACCUAUUGAUACCAUCUAUCCAGAAGAAUCUUCAGAUGGACAAGUUUCAAUGAACUGCAGGGCUCGAGCAAUUCCUUUUCCUACUUACAGGUGGAAACUCAACAACUGGGAUAUUGAUUUAACAAAGGAGCGCUACAGUAUGGUGGGAGGCAGACUUGUUAUCAAUAAUCCAGAGAAAUCAAGGGAUGCUGGAAAAUAUGUCUGUGUAGUAUCGAAUAUCUUUGGAACUGUCAGAAGCAGUGAAGCCACUCUAAGUUUUGGAUAUCUGGAUCCUUUUCCACCUGAAGAACGUUAUGAGGUUAAAGUGCGAGAAGGUGUUGGAGCAGUACUUCUUUGUGAACCCCCUUACCACUACCCAGAUGACCUCAGUUAUCGCUGGCUUCUAAAUGAGUUCCCAGUAUUUAUUACUUUGGACAAACGACGAUUUGUGUCACAGACGAAUGGCAAUCUCUACAUUGCAAAUGUAGAAGCAUCAGAUAAAGGCAAUUAUUCAUGUUUUGUGUCCAGCCCUUCAAUAACGAAGAGUGUAUUCAGUAAAUUUAUUCCACUUAUUCCACAGUCCGAUCGUGCAAAAGUAUAUCCUGCUGAUAUCAAGGUGAAAUUCAAGGACACGUAUGCUCUCUUGGGGCAAAAUGUGACCCUGGAGUGUUUUGCUCUUGGGAAUCCGGUUCCUGAACUCAGAUGGAGUAAAUAUCUUGAACCCAUGCCAGCCACCGCUGAGAUAAGCAUGUCUGGUGCAGUUCUUAAGAUCUUCAAUAUUCAAUAUGAAGAUGAAGGACUUUAUGAGUGUGAAGCUGAAAACUAUAAAGGAAAAGACAAACAUCAAGCAAGAAUUUAUGUACAAGCCUCUCCUGAGUGGGUAGAACAUAUCAAUGACACAGAGAAGGAUAUAGGCAGUGACCUAUAUUGGCCUUGUGUUGCUACAGGCAAGCCUAUUCCAACAAUCAGAUGGUUGAAGAAUGGUGUCUCGUUCCGGAAAGGUGAACUAAGACUUCAAAGUCUGACCUUUGACGAUGCCGGCAUGUACCAAUGUAUAGCAGAAAACACGCAUGGAAUUAUUUAUGCAAAUGCUGAACUGAAGAUUGUGGCUUCACCUCCCACUUUUGAACUGAACCCUAUGAAGAAGAAAAUCCUAGCAGCUAAAGGAGGCCGUGUAAUCAUUGAAUGCAAGCCUAAAGCUGCUCCUAAGCCAAAGUUCUCCUGGAGCAAAGGAACAGAAUUGCUCGUAAAUGGGAGUCGCAUACGUAUCUGGGAUGAUGGAAGCCUGGAAAUUAUCAAUAUCACAAAGCUGGAUGAAGGUCGCUACACCUGUUUUGCAGAAAAUAACCGAGGAAAAGCUAAUAGCACUGGUGUUCUAGAAAUGACAGAAGCUACAAGGAUUACUUUAGCUCCAUUGAAUGUUGACGUCACCGUUGGAGAGAAUGCUACCAUGCAAUGCAUUGCAUCCCAUGAUCCCACAUUAGACCUAACAUUUAUAUGGUCUCUAAAUGGCUUUGUAAUAGAUUUUGAAAAAGAGCACGAACAUUAUGAAAGGAACGUUAUGAUUAAAUCCAAUGGUGAGCUGCUCAUUAAAAAUGUUCAGCUGCGGCAUGCUGGGAGGUACACGUGCACCGCUCAGACAAUUGUGGACAACUCCUCGGCUUCAGCUGACCUUGUGGUAAGAGGUCCUCCAGGCCCUCCAGGAGGUAUAAGAGUAGAAGAAAUUAGAGACACUGCUGUAGCACUUACUUGGAGUCGUGGAACAGACAAUCAUAGCCCUAUUUCUAAAUACACUAUCCAGUCAAAAACCUUUCUAUCUGAAGAGUGGAAAGAUGCCAAAACAGAACCAUCAGAUAUCGAAGGAAAUAUGGAAUCUGCUAGAGUGAUUGAUUUAAUUCCAUGGAUGGAAUAUGAGUUCCGGAUAAUAGCAACAAACACUUUGGGGACGGGAGAACCUAGUAUGCCAUCACAGAGAAUUAGAACUGAAGGCGCUCCUCCUAAUGUGGCUCCUUCUGAUGUUGGAGGAGGGGGUGGAAGCAAUCGAGAGCUGACAAUAACAUGGAUGCCUUUGUCAAGAGAAUACCACUAUGGCAAUAACUUUGGUUAUAUAGUGGCUUUCAAGCCAUUUGGUGAGAAAGAAUGGAGAAGAGUUACAGUUACUAAUCCUGAAAUUGGCCGAUAUGUCCACAAGGAUGAGUCAAUGCCACCUUCAACCCAGUAUCAAGUAAAAGUGAAAGCUUUUAACAACAAAGGGGAUGGACCAUUCAGUCUCACUGCUGUCAUUUAUUCAGCACAAGAUGCUCCAACUGAAAUACCUACAGAUGUGAGCAUAAAAGUUUUGUCAUCUUCUGAAAUGUCUGUUUCUUGGCACCAUGUUUCUGAUAAAUCUGUGGAAGGAUAUCAGAUUCGUUACUGGGCUGCUCAUGAUAAAGAAGCAGCUGCACAGCGGGUACAAGUGAGCAAUCAAGAAUAUUCAACCAAACUGGAAAACCUGAAGCCUAAUACUCGCUACUACGUAGAUGUUUCUGCCUUCAAUAGCGCAGGCUAUGGACCUCCCAGUAGAACCAUUGAUACUGUUACCCGGAAAGCACCUCCAAGCCAGCGUCCAAGAAUUAUCAGUUCUGUAAGAUCUGGUUCAAGGUACAUCAUCACCUGGGAUCAUGUGAAGGCAAAGUCAAAUGAGUCUGCAGUUGAAGGAUACAAAGUACUUUAUAGACCAGAUGGACAACAUGAAGGCAAGUUGUUUUCAACUGGAAAGCACACAAUAGAGGUCCCAGUCCCCAGUGAUGGUGAAUAUGUUGUUGAGGUCCGAGCACACAGUGAAGGAGGAGAUGGAGAAGUAGCUCAAAUAAAAAUUUCAGGUGCCACUGCUGGAGUACCAACUCUGCUCCUGGUCCUGGUGGUGCCUACCCUGGGGGUUCUCGCCUGCUUGGGAUUCUGAAUGUAGCUGGAUUUACCUUGUCCUCCACGUAACACAAAGGACUCCCUUUGAAGAUGAGGACCACGACUCUUUUUUGAUUCCUGUGGCACCAUCCUAAGCCAAAUAAAUUACACUUUAAAAUAAAUUACCCUACCGAUUUCCUAUGAACUUUAAGAGGACUGAGGCAUCCAGGAACUCCUUCAUGAAGUAAAUCAACUUUUGAAAGGCUAAGAAAUAUUUUUAACUUGUUCCAAUAUGCCUUAUAAAACACUUAUGCUGAUCUGUGACAGUUGCAUGAUUCGGUCCAAUGGGGCAAGUUACAGUGUUAAAACCCAAUAACAUAGGCUGUACAGUGAAAGUAAAAUCACCAUACGUAGGUGCUUUAACUUGAAUAACAAAUCGUGAAAUAUAAUAGAGAUUGAAAUGUUGAUUGUAUGUGAUAAAUGUAAGAGUACUACGUCUGUCUGUACUAUCCUAUAUGUUUUGUGUACUGCAUAUUUUUGAAUGGCCCCAUCAUCAUUUAUUGGGAUUACUGUUUUUUAGAGAGACAGUCAAAGCAAAAACAUUUCAUUUUUUUAGAGCUGUAUUUCUUGAGGCUAUUGGAUAGAAUUUGAAGGACUUGAAAUAAAAGUCGGUGACAAGGAUUUCUUUAUUUUAAAGAUGUUCAGAACACCUGACACAUGCACGCUCAGCAUAAGGGAGUUUACCUGUACUUCACUGACCCAAAAUCUGCCAUAUUCUUUUCUUAAAACAAUUCUGUUGAAAAAUUCUGUUACGGUCGCUGUUGCUGAUUUUAGGAGUGAGAGGUCAGCUUUCAGGGAAGCAAUGUAAUGUACUGGUUUUGAUUUAGUAUUAUUACUGUUAUUAUUUUUAAGGUAGCAAUAUAACACUUAGGAGUUUGGAGAUGUAGUCCACAUUAAGAUCAGCCAAAUGGACCGUGAAAUGGUAGGAAACAUAUGUUAUUUUUUAAAAUGAAAGGAUUUAAAAUAUUAAAAAAAGAAAAAGAUGUACAAUAAAUGGCAAAAACAGAGUAGCACAGUAAAAAAAAUAUUAUAUUUACAUUUUUAUGCUGCAGAUGCCAGGUGUUACCUUCUUGUAGUGAAGGUGAACAUUUGGGAGAAUUAUAUGCUUUUUCAAGGACUUAAUAUUAUUCUAAUGUUCAUAGUGUUGUAAAUAAGAGUUUUAAAGUUCUGAGACUGUCUCCCUAUUUGAUAGAGUAAUGAAUGAUCCAACUGUGUGUUAAUACAUGGAAGUCAGAUCCCAACUGUUAGUUGAAUCUAAAUGUUUACUAUGGCCUUUGCAAAAUGGGAACUCUAUUAGAGAUAGAGAAUGUUUUUGUUCUGACUGUGUCUAGAGUGUUUAAGUGUUUGGGGGUUUUGUUGGUUUGUUUGGGUUUUUUUAAGUUGUUAAAGAAAUGCACAUUCCUUUCAUUUUCCAUGUUGUGCUGGGAAUUAGUUUGAGUGUGAAUGUUGAAGAAACACAGUGUUAUUGAAUCAGCUGGCUCAAGUAAUAGUGCAAUGUCUGAUGCUUCAAGAAUUAUAAGCUUUGAAUCAUAUUUUAUUAGCACAACCUUGCUAGCUACUUAGAAAUAGAUUUUAUCUUUUUAGAACUGAUACUGUAGAGGUCCGUAAUAAUAAUAUUUACAUGAAGCAAGAAUAGGUGUAUUAAUAAUUUACACCCCCUCUUUUAUUUGUAUAAUUUUGUACUAUAUAUUUACAUGUAAAAGUGUAGAGUCUUCAUUAAGAAAUAUCAAUAAUACUGUUUUACUUUAAUUUCAAGUAUUUGUUACAAGAUGAAAAUUUUUUAAAUAGGUGAAAGUGAUAACUUCCCUAUAGAGGAAUGUCAGUGUGUCAAACACUACUGAGUUUCACAAAUUGUAUAAUUAUUUCAAAGAGAAAUGAGCUGUCUUCAUACAUAAGAACCUAAUAUGCUGUAAGUCUUCUGUAAAAAGAAAUUGUGGUCUAUUGUGUUUCAUUUCGUUUGGUUCUUUUGCAGUAUGACUCAUUUUUAUAUAAUCUACAACAACAACUAAAUCUUUUGCCAAAUGCAUGAUUGCCUUUUACUUUUCUAACACAUGCUGUAAAAAGCAAAACUGUUUAGUUUGUGCAUGGAAUUUACCUGGGAAGGAAAGCCACUUCCUUUUUUAGAUCUAUGCCACAGAUGAGGUAGGUCUCACAUACUGAUCGGCUAGUUGGAGAUUUUUCUGUAUCACAUAAUUGUGCAAAUUUGACUGGGACCUUCAGUUUCAAAUUGUUGUCAAGAAAAACUAACUAAUGUAUCAUCUGCUUUAAAACGCAAGGUUCUUAAUUAAAGUUUAUAUAGAUAGACAUAUUUGUUGUUUCUUUAUAUUUCAGGAAACUUGAUAUUACUAUUAUUUGAUACUGAUGAAUAUUGAACUGGUUUUUUAGUUACUUUUUAUCUUUUUUUUUUUUUUCAAAUGAGUAGAGCAGGACUGUGCUUUGUCCUUUUUAAGAAUGAAAAGUAAAUUACAAUUAAAUAAAUGUAUUAAUGUUACUCAAAAUAUAACAACUGUCUUUUUAAUUUGAACUUUCUGAUUUCAUAACAGGGAUGUGGUCUUCUGUGACAGUAAAGGUGUGGAUGGUAUGAGGUCUUCUGUGCCCCUGCCCUGCCUUCUUGUGAGUUUUGCUGGAGUCAAGGAGCUUUUGUCAUAUAAGGAUGGCUGUUUUGCUUUCAUUAUAGGUGGUAUAGGUAGAAAGAUUUUUCUAAUGUCAGUGACAGAGAGUAUCCUGAGACCUCUUCAGAAUUUUUGGAAGCAAGAGUUGACCAAGCAGAGUAUUUUUUUCAGGUCAUAUUUUUUGUUACAGUGGAUAUAUUAUAAAGACAGAUGGCUGAGAUGGCAAAACUUCGUACUGAUUAAAUGCUUUGUGUGAUCACAAUAAUUUCGAGAGGUGAUAUAAAGUGUAACUUUCUGAGAUACUGCCUGCCUUUGAGGGGUCAGGCCUUAAAACACACAAGAUGUGGUGUAUAAGAAGUUGGUGAAGCUGAUGGUCAUCUCACAGAACUUGAUUCCAUUUCAGAGAUACCAAAUGAGAAGAGUUAGUAAGAGAAUGUGUUCCUCAUGCCCUGCACUUAAAAGACUGUCCAGUCAAGCAGAGCAGGGCUCAGACCGCGGAGGAGGAGAUUGUUGCUACUUUGAUUAGGUAUGUAUUUUAUUUACAUCUUGGUCUCUAGGAGAAAUAAGGGUUUGAGUCUCUGUCUGCCAGUUCUCUGCUAACGAUUUCAGACCUAUUGGGUGAUGGCAGACAAACUCAGCAGCUCUCAUACUGAAGAAAAUCAUAGUCUGAGAAAAAAGUAGAUAUUUGAAAUAGGAAUUUGAAUUGAAGACAGCUGCAGCUUGGUCACUGGUCUUACCUGUUCGGUUUGGCCUGCCAGAUGCCCAGCCAGCAAACACCUCAAAAACAGGUACACCUCGCCUUGCUCCUGCCUCACCCAGGGGCUGGACAGCACGAGUAGCAGCUGGGAGGAGGCCUCAGCACAUGAUGUUGCAGGAUGUGGAAGCUGGGAUUGUCACCGAGACAGAGCAAGGAGGGGAAGAAUGGGGCCUAGAACAUAAACCCAUAAGAAAAAACAUUUGUUAAUUCCACUUUUCAAAGAAAAACUUGUUUUUCUUUGCGAGACUUCUUUGUUUCCAGACUUCAAAGCCUCUAGCUACAGAAGAUGAUAAAAAAUAUGCCUUUAAAUAAUAAUUAUCUGGCUGAAGACCAAAUCUUACAGACUUGAUCUGCCUUAGCAUUGCAUUAAGCUACACUUCCUGUUGGAAUUAAAAUUAAAAUAACAGACAUCAGUUAAUACCCAAAUACAUUCCAGUAAAGGUCUUGAAAUAUGUUCAAAUGCUAUUGUUUGGAGAUUUUGUUUAUUUAAAUGUAUCACAGAAAUAUCUGUCUUUCAGUUUAUGACAGCACAAUGUGGGCUAAGUAUGUUCCUUUGGCAACAGUACAAAUUUCUGUAAUUUCUAGCACUUGUGUACACUCCCAUCUUUGCGUGUGUCGUCCAGCAGAGUCUUUUCCCAAUGUUGGGACAUAAGCACUAUGUGCGAAUCACCUGCGUUCCGUGCAGAGCGGUGAGGUCUUGCGGAGGAAUAUUGCCCCUCUCCAUUUCUUCUAGAGAUGAUCAACUUUUCUUUAAGUUUUCACCACUAGUUCCUUUUGUUUUGUCAUUUUAACAUUAUUUGUAUUUCCAAAACCAGAAGAAUGGACAUAAAGCACAAAAGUC